AUGACCAUCUUGCUUCGUGGGUCCGCCUUCAUCACAGGCGCAGCCUCCGGUAUUGGACAACAGACGGCCAUCGCCUUUGCCCAGCAUGGAGUCACAAAGCUAGCAUUGGCCGACAUCAACCAAGAUGCACUAGAUAUAUCCGCCAGAUCUUUGAAGAAACAGUUUCCCCAUGUCCAUGUUCUACCGGUGCAUCUCAAUGUCCGUGACUCCACGCAGGUCAAGGAAGGCAUUGCCAAGACAAUCGGCGAGUUUGGUCGUCUGGACAUUGCUGUGAACAAUGCCGGUGUUAGUGGCAGUGGACGAAAGACACAUGAGCUGGGUGACGAUGAAUGGCUCGGAAUUCUGGAUGUGAAUUUGCAGGGUGUGUAUCGAUGUCAGAAAGAAGAAUUGGGUGUCAUGGUAAAUCAAGAAGAUCUGGGACCUCGGGUUGGCCGCGGAAGGAUCAUCAACGUGGGAAGCAUGUUUGCUUUUGUGGCACCAAACAACCAAGACCAUACUGCGUAUACAACUGCCAAGCAUGGCAUCAUUGGCUUGACCAAGGCUGACGCAAACUCUUACGGGCCUCUAGGCAUCCGUAUAAAUGCCAUCUGCCCCGGUUAUGUCGAGACACCUUUACUAACGAGUAUUAUGAGUCGUGACCUAGACUCACCACUUGCAGUGGACUUGUCAAGAACUCCUUUGAAGCGCCUGGCCACUAUGGAGGAGGUAGCAGAUGCUAUAGUCUUGUUGGCUUCUCCCAUGAAUAGUUACAUGCAAGGUGCCAGUAUGAUCUGUGACGGGGGAUUUACCAGUAACUAG